AUGGUCCGCAUUAUCAUCAAAGGAGGUGUUUGGAAAAAUACCGAGGAUGAAGUUCUCAAAGCGGCUAUUGCGAAGUAUGGUAAAAACCAAUGGGCGCGUAUAUCCUCGCUCCUGGUGCGCAAGACACCGAAGCAAUGUAAGGCACGCUGGUACGAAUGGCUAGACCCGUCAAUCAAGAAGACAGAAUGGUCAAAGACGGAGGAUGAAAAACUCUUGCACCUCGCAAAGCUCAUGCCCACACAAUGGCGUACCAUCGCACCCAUCGUCGGUCGCACCGCCACGCAAUGUCUGGAGCGAUACCAGAAACUCUUGGACGAGGCGGAAGCUAAGGAGAAUGAGGAGCUCGGACUUGCAGGGCCAGGCGAAGAGGCAGGCCCGAGCGCAGAUGAUGUCCGGCGGCUGCGUCCUGGUGAGAUCGACCCCGACCCAGAGACGAAGCCUGCCCGUCCAGACCCUAUCGACAUGGACGAGGACGAGAAGGAGAUGCUGUCUGAGGCGCGGGCGCGGCUGGCGAACACGCAGGGUAAGAAGGCGAAGCGGAAGGCACGCGAACGUCAGCUGGAGGAAGCAAGGCGGCUCGCUGUGUUGCAGAAGAAGCGGGAGUUGAAGGCCGCUGGGAUCAUCAUGCGUCACAAGACGAAGAAGAAGGGCAUGGAUUACAACGCAGACAUUCCGUUCGAAAAGAAGCCCGCGCCUGGGUUCUAUGACACUGCCGAGGAACAAGCACGGGCAACGACAGCCCCCGUCGGACAGAGCCUCCGCCGGCUCGAAAACAAGCGCAGGCCCGACGAUGAGGAAGCCGAGCGGCGCAAACGGCAACGCAAGGCGAAUAACAAGGAGGGCGAGAACGCGUCACACCAGACCAAGUUCGUCGCCGCACGCGAUGCGCAGAUCCAGAAGCUCAAGGAGGCGGAGUCGAUCGGGCGCCGGCGGAAGCUCGCGCUGCCGGCUGCGCAGGUGGGUGAGGCGGAGCUGGAGGACAUUGUCAAGAUCGGGCAGGCAGGCGAGAAUGCGAAGGCUUUGGUCGCUGGUGGGAACGAGGCUAGCGCGAGGCUGCUCAGUGACUAUGAGGGCCUUGAGAGGGCACGGAUGGCUCGGACACCGCGGACGGCUCCUCAACACGAUAACGUGAUGUCCGAGGCGCGCAACCUGCGCAACAUGACGAUCGCGCAGACACCCCUGCUCGGUGAGGAGAACACUCCUCUGCACACGGAUGCUGCAGGCGGCACGGGCUUCGAGGGCGCGACUCCGCGGCACCAGGUCGCGUUCACGCCCAACCCGUUGGCGACGCCCUUGCACCCCGGGGCUGCAGACGGCUUGGUAACGCCACGGGACCUGCAAGUAACUCCUGGAUCGGCGCUGAUGCGCACGCCGAUGCGCGACACGCUGAGCAUCAAUCCGAACGACCGGUUUCCGUCGGUCGCGGACACGCCGCGCGAGCAGCGGAUGCGGAUGUCGUCCGCGAGGCGUGCGCUUAAGGCAGGUUUCAUGACCCUACCGAAGCCGGAGAACAACUUUGAGCUGCUCGUGCCCGAGGAAGAGGAGGGCGAGGAACAGGCGGAGGGAGGGGAGGUCGAGGAAGACGCGGGCGAUCGGGAUGAGCGACUGCGGCGGAUGCGGGAGGAGGAGGAGCGCAAGGCGUUGGCGCGACGGUCACAGGUGGUGCAGCGCGGGCUGCCGCGGCCGGCCAAUGUCGAUGUGCAUCAGCUGUUGCAGGAUCUCACACUCGAGGGGGAGGAGCCAGUUGACGAGGCGGAGAAGCUCGUGCACCAGGAGCUUGCGGAGCUGCUUCUGCACGACUCGAUCGCUCAUCCAAUACCCGGUACGGUGCAUCCCGGCAGCACGGUGUCAUCCUAUCAGAUGCCUCCAGACGACACGGUUGACGCGGCUAAGUCAGCGAUCCGUGAAGAGCUGUCGACGGCUCUUGGAUACCCAGACGCGAACGAAGAACAAAUGAAGCAAGGUGUUGCAGCAGUGUCGGGGCUGGAAGAGUUGGACGAGUCGGCAUCGUGGGCGCAUGUCCGGCCGCAGCUGGCGUACGAUGCGAGCUCGAAGAUGUGGGUUGACCCGGCGAAACUCCCGGAGGAGGCGCGAGUGGCUGGGUACAGUGCACUGUUAGAGCAAUGUCGGCAACAGAUGGCACGGGACGCGGACAAGGCCGCGAAGACGGAGAAGAAGUUGAACGUCACCCUCGGCGGAUAUCAGGCGCGAGCAGGGGCACUCACGAAGCGGAUUGGUGGCGCGUUUGCAGAGAUGCAGAAGUUGAAGGUGGAUUAUGAGAGCUUCGUGCGGCUGCGGACGAACGAGAGCGCGACAGGCCCCGGGCGCGUUGCGACGCUGAAGGAAGAGGUGGAGAAGCUGGACAGGCGGGAGAAGAUCCUGCAAGAGAGGUAUGCGGAACUGGAUUUGGAGCGGAGGGAGUCGCAGGCCAGGGUAACGACGCUGGAGGAGAAGAUCAUGGCCGAGGCGGAGGCGUUGAACGAGGCUGCAUUGGCGGAGAUGGAAGCCGAGGUGGCCGUUGUUGCAUGA